UUUGUUCCUGUCGUUUUACAGUGCGUAGAAGCACUUUUAAAACUACAUUUCCCACAUAUAAACAGUAUUUGCGACGAACAGAGGUCACACGCGUGCUUUUGAACCACAGGACAGGACCCGCUGUGUGAAAGCUGAGGGAGUAAAGUGCGGUAGUAAAUAGCAACUUUACACAGUUAGCCAGUACAGUAUAAACAAGAAUUGAUGCGAAUACGAAAAAUAUUCACUCGUAUACAAAUGUUGCGUUUAAUGAAUUAACGAACUGCGGUCAGAAACAGGUAGCCUAGCCUGUCAGCUAACGUUAGCUUAUCUUACAAACAUAUCUUCACAUAACUGUCGCUAUGUUUAGGAGUAUUGUUAGACUUCAGAGUCAGUUUGGAAAUAUCCUUUCUCCCAAUAAAGUGUGCCCAAGAAGUCCGCACUUUCGGUUUGCUUUGAAAUACUCCACAGCCAUAACAGAAAGAAAAAGAUUUUAUCAAGAUGUCAGUAUAUCCCAAGGUGAAGGUGGUUUAUAUGAGAUAAACCUAGACAGAAAGAAACUGAAAACCCCUGGAGGGAAGCUGUUCACAGUGCCAAAUGAAGUCCUGGCCAUCGCCGUGGCAACAGAGUGGGAUGCUCAAAGAGACACACUCAAGUUCUACACUAUGCACCUGACUACACUGUGCAACACUGCUCUGGACAAUCCCACCCAACGUAACAAGGAGCAAAUGAUCAAUGCUGCCCUGAAGUUCCUGGAGACUGAUACUGUCUGUUACAGAGUAGAUGAGCCCCACGGAUUGGUUGAGCUGCAGAAGAAUGAGUGGGAUCCGGUGCUGCACUGGAUUGAAAACCGAUAUAACGUCACUAUUGGCUCCUCGUCCAGUAUUUUGGGUCCUGAGAUCCCAGAGGCAACCAAAGACACAUUUCGGCAACACCUGAAUUCUUACAACUUCUGGUCCCUGACAGGGCUUGAGUUUGUGAUCACCCAGCUGAAGUCUGUUGUGCUGUCGAUGGGGAUGAUUGACAGGCAUCUGAGUGUGGAACAGGCUGUGCUGCUCUCUAGACUGGAGGAGGAAUACCAGAUUCAGCACUGGGGAAACGUGGAGUGGGCCCAUGACUACGACAUGUAUGAGCUGAGGGCACGAACCGCUGCUGGAGCUCUUUUUGUUCACCUCUCGUCUGAGGGUUCAACUGUCAAGCGCAAACUUCUGCAGGACCGACAAGGAUAAGCUCAAACAUAAAACUCUUAGUAAGCACACAUCAAAUGUGCCCUCAAACUGAAAGCACCACGGUUUGUCCAUGCUUCCACAUCCACGCAGACAAACACAACACAUCCUGUUUGUUCUAUUUAGCAGUGACAGCUGCUUUGUCUGCGAUCCGUUGUCGAGUCAUCUCACUCCAGUAAAAAAACAACAACAUUGGCUGUCUUUUUUGCAGUGUUUAUAUGUGGCAGCUGCCAAGUGUGCCACCCCUCACCGAGUUUCCAGCCGGUUCUCAGUCAUCCGUGAUAUUUUGGACACUGUGCAUGGUUUCAAGAGAAUAGUGACUAAUGUCGUUGUCCGUUUGGUAGUGGAAUGUUAAUUCCUUGCCCUGCUUUUUCUGUGUGCCACAUUUGAAUAGAGCAAAGGGCCUAUGCUAUCCAAAUGGCACACUAUCAAUACUAAUUGUGCUGUGUGUAGUAUUGCAAUUGUUGAAACAUACUGCAUUUACAAAAAGUUUUUGGAAUUAAGGUUGUCAUUAUCCAUGUUAUAUGUACUUUUGCAUAUUUAGUGUGGUAAUGAUGUGAAAGGUUGAAUGCUAUUCAUCAGUAUCCCCUCCACUGCACUCUGUUCUGUUUCUUCAAAAAGUAUAACUUCAGCGGUAACGUAGACUGCAUCCUCCUCCAGUAGUAUUUUUCAUGUACAAAGCUCAAGGUUUUGUUGCUUUUAAUUUUCAAAUUAAAUUUAAAUAAUGACUCGUGUGUCUCUGCCCUUUCCACCUACUGUAAGCAAAAUGUCAGUUAAUUGUUAAAUUAAAAUCCAAACAAGUUAAAACAUUUUUA